CAAGACCUGACAGUGUAAACGAGGCCUUAGAUGUGACACCAAAACCACAAACUCAAACAACAAUAGCUGUGUCAUAUCUGCUGAACAUUCUAUGGGACUAAACAAGGUAACUAUUUCUGCCCUGUAACUUGUAGGUGUGAUGCCUAAACCAAGCUUAGAAAAACAUGAGUGGUUUAAGCCCUUCUACAUUGGUGAGAAAAUUCAGCUUGACUGUAGUAUGGCUGGUGUCGGUUGGGAGUACAGCUGGUAUAAAGUCAAAGGAUCAAAGCAAACUGAACAAAUAAACCAACAUCCGGCUUGCACUAUCAACUUGGAAUCUGUCUCUGACAAUGGUCUCUAUCUCUGCAAAGCAACGAGAGGAAACUACUCAGUGGACAGUGAGACUCUGGAAGUGCAAGUACAAAAACAACCUGAACCCCACGUUCAAUCUGAAUGGACAGAAGCGUUUCCUGGUGAGAAAGUGUCUAUGCAGUGUGUGCUUCACAAUACAUCAGAAAACUGGAUCUAUUUGUGGUUCAGAAACUCAAUAGAAAUUGCAUCCAGUGAAGAGACAAACAUAAAAGGAAACACUCUCACGUUCUCAGUUCAGUCUAACCAUAAUGAGGACUAUGAGUGUCAAGCAGAACUGAAGGGCAGGAUGGUGAAAACUGGAAAAAGCAAAACCCAAUCAUUGACAGUUUAUGCUCUUCCAGUUGCCGUGCUGACUCUGGAAACUGAUCUGAGUGAUAUCAUGAAGGGUGAAAUAACCCUCAGGUGUAACAUCUCAGAUGGCAGACAGUGGAACUACACCUGGUAUAAGAAUGAAAUGAUGCUCAACGCUUCAUCAGAAACUCUGACAGUGAAAGGAACCGAAGAAGCAAUUAAAUGUGAAUUCAAAUGCAAAGGAGUAAGGACGGAGAUACCACUUUUCUCUGCUACAAGUGAGGGUUAUGUAGCCAAUAAUUUAAUGUUCAGAAGAAAAGUACUUCUGUCCAUCUCUGGAAUUCUCAUCUGCUUUAUUGUAAUCAUGAUCAUUGGAUGCAUCAUUCUAAUAAGCAAAUAUAAAAGACCCUCACAAUCAUAUAGAGUUGUGGCGAAGAGAGAAACAGAGGACUGGUAUUCUCAGAGGCAGACUCAACAAACGAGGCGGCUUUACAGCUAAGGAAGUACAUGGACUAAAUACCAGCAGUGAAAAUGUAUGUGCCAUUUGCUGUGUUUGGCCGACAUCAUAAUCAAACAUAUAGACCAAUUAACUUAAACAAAUGAUACUCUCUAUAUCAUAAAGCAAAACUAUUUUAAACCCUAAACACUGGGUUGAUUAUCCUGAAACCUGCUUACUUAUUUUGCUUACACUUUAUUUUGAUGAUCCAUUUGAGUAUUAGUAGACUGUUUGCUUAAUAUCUGUUGAUACUGCUCCGUCAACAGGCAUUUAACUAACUAUAUGAAACUUUACAAGUACAGUGUUUUCUCAAUGAUUUUUUCCAACUGUGGCGGCAGACUCUGUUGGCCAUUUUACACAGAUCUACCACUACAUGUGGCGUUAUUUCAUUGACAGAUGUCAUGGACGCAGUAUUAAGUCGAGAUCGCAUUCAUGUAAUAGCCU